GGGGGCGGCCCGGCCGGGGGCGGGGGAGGAGGGAAGAGUUCGAGCAGCAACGCCCCCGGCCCUCCCCUUGGCCCGGGCUGUGGGCCACCGGGCCACUGAGCUCAGACGGGGAGCGGUCGACAGUGCCCAAGUUUCUCCCCUCGGACCAAGGCCACAGUCUGCUGGAACUUGGUCAGCGACCCCAGCUCAACCCCGCUACCUGCCGGACCACUCACCUGGGCCGGGGAGAAGAGGAGGGCGGGUAGAUUAGCGCUAAAUCCCCCACCUUCUGCUCUCCCGGGGAGACACGGACUAGAAUCACCAGCCCCGGGGUGCCCGGGUCAUUUUCGCUGGGCCUGGCUGCGGGGGGCACCUCCUGGGGUGAGAUCAUGGAUCCCCAGCAGCCCUAGCUGUAGGGGCCAAGUCAUCUCCCCAAGGGGGUGCCCGGCGAGAAGGACCGAGGAGCCAAGAGGGGCCGCACCACAAAGUGGAGGAUCUGAGGCCAGAGCCGAGGCCGGGCAUCCCCCGGGACACAGGCUGGCGUGGACAUGCGGCGGCCCUGAGCGGCCCCCGCCCCGAGCCAGGCCCCGCCAUGAGCCUGGGGAAGCUGCCCAUGCUGGGCUGGGUGUCGGGAUCCCAUGGCAAGCGGAAGCCUCGGGCGGAGCUGACCUCGGACAUGAUCAGCCCACCGUUGGGGGACUUUCGCCACACCAUGCACGUGGGCCGGGGGGGCGACGUCUUCGGGGACACCUCCUUCCUCAGCAACCACGGGGGUGGGGGCGGGAGUGCAGGCCCGGACGGACGCUCCCCCGGGAGCUUCCUGGCUCGGACACUGCGGCACGUGAGGCGGGGGGGCGCCCCGCCGAGGGGGGGCAUGGUCUCCGCCUCCUCCUCUCCGGCCCCGCCUUCCGUCUCCCCCAUCAUCAAGAACGCCAUCUCGCUGCCCCAGCUCCAUGAAAGUGCUUACGACGGUGUGAUCGGGAAGCUGAGCUUUGGGAGCCCUCACAGUGGCAGCCCCCUCCAGGAGCACCUUGGCUACGACCAGGAUUCCCGGUUCCGUACCAUCUCCAGCUUCCCCCGAUCGGAAAAGCCCCUGGACAGAGACGGCUCCUUCCCCUCAGAGCCCGAGCUCCGACGGUCCGACUCGCUGCUCUCCUUCCGCCUCGACCUCGGCCCCUCCCUCCUCAGUGAGCUCCUCGGCACCAUCACCUUCUCUGAGCCCCCCAGCACCGGGGAGACGGGCCAGCCCCCCACCUCCAGCAGCCCCCCGGCGACUCCCCCAGCCCCAGGUGCCCCGGCGCAGGGGCACUGCCCCAAUGGAGACUCGGCAGGAACGGGCUCCCUGGGUGGGGGCGGGGCAGGACCCCCCCCACAGAGGGAGGGCGAGAGCGGGGCCCUGGACCCAGGGAGCAGGGGCAGGUGGUCCGAGGGCUGGGCCCCCGGCCGCCACUACAGUGAGAUGGGGGCCCGGCGGGAGCUGGCCGAGGUGUUGCCCCAGGGUCGGGGUUCCUGGGAGAGCCAGGACGAGGGGCCUUGGGGCCCCGGCUGCCAGACCGGGCCUCGGCCCACCCGGGACCUGGAGCGAGAGGAGGAAGAGCAGGACGAAGAGGAGGAGGAGGAGGAGGAGCCGCGGACCAGGUUCUCCGUUCCCGCCACCGUACAGGCAGACUCCUUCGAGUUUGCAGGCGAGGAGGAGGAGGAGGAGGAGGUGAAGGUGUGAGCCACCCAGUGCGGGGAAGGGGUGCAGGCCGGACCUAGCAGAGAGGACCUUUCCCCUGGAGCAGAGCGUCUCAGUGAGAGGUGGGCUGACUGGCUCCCUGCCGUUCCACUUCCUCCUGCCCCAAGAAGACUGCAACCUGUCCUCUGCCCCUCUACAUGUGGAAGAGACCACCCACGUGGGUGGGUGGUCUCUCAUGAGGCUCAGAGAGAUUUGCCUCCAGGGAUGGGACUCUGAAGCUGGGAGUCAGAGAGAGGAGCCCAGAUACUUUCUCCCUUGUCUGCUGCUCCCCAGCCCUCGCUGAACAUCUGCUCCAUGGGCAUUUCCCAGUCCACCCUUCCCUGCAGGAGGGAACUCCUUCCCCACCUUCCCCAGGCCGAAGAGGCCCCAAGCCGGAGAAGGCCCUCAAGGAACUCCUCUCCCCCUCAGGUGGCUUAUAGGUGGGAGGGAACAGGCUGGGCACAAGGGGAAAUGUAGGCCGACCUAAGCCGGGACGUUGAUCUGAACCCCGGCCCUGGGCCAGAACACCACCCUCUCCAUCUCCAGUCGGGACUGUGCCCGGUCCAGGCCGUAACCGGGGCCUGGGCCCACCGAUGACUGUGAGGCCUUUGUGCCUGGGGCCUCGGGACUGGGGAAAGGGGAGGGGCUGACACCACAGCCUUCCCAUUGUCUCCCCCAUAGGGGAGUUGAGAGCCUGAGGAGAGAACACCCCCUUCCCCCAGAGCAGAGGACGGCUCCCCGGGGGCAGGAGCAGCAGCACCCCACCAGCUCUGCCCGUCCCUCAGUACCCCGGGCCCCAAUUCAGUUUUCCUCAAAGCCGGAGAGAAGCCAGACAGCCCCUGGUCAGAGUCCUCCCCCACGGCCCUGGCCCUCUCUCUGGACAGCUCCCCACGCUCCAGACCAAAGGUCAAGCCUGACCUCAGCUGGGAGGCAUGAACGCCUCCACUCCCAGAAUCCCGGGCAGAGGCCUGAUUAAAAAGGGAUUUUUGAUACAAA